AUCAGCAUUGAGAUGGCCACCGCCGCCUCCUCCUCCUCCUCCUCCUUGGAAAAGAGCUACGAGCUGCCCGACGGUCAGGUCAUCACCAUUGGUAACGAGCGUUUCCGUUGCCCAGAGACCCUCUUCCAGCCUUCUUUCAUUGGUGAGUAAUUGCUCAUCUCUUUUGCUUGUAUAGAGUCUGCUGGCAUCCAUGAGACCGCCUACAACAGCAUCAUGAAAUGUGACAUUGACAUCCGUAAGGACUUGUACGCCAACAAUGUGCUGUCUGGUGGUACCACCAUGUACCCUGGUAUUACUGACCGUAUGCAGAAGGAGAUUACAGCUCUGGCCCCAAGCACCAUGAAGAUUAAGACUUAAACUUAAAUGGUGUUCAUCGCUCCACCCGAGAGGAAUUACUCCAUCUGGAUUGGUGGCUCCAUCCUGGCUUCCCUGUCCACCUUCCAGUAGAUGUGGAUCAGCAAGCAGGAGUACGAUGAGAAGUAUAAAGACUUCAGCAGCUUGUUUGAGAAAGCUCUGCUCCUCAAGCAGCAGCUCAUAUAA